CCACAGUCAGGAGCUGAGGAUGGUACACCUCAGAGACGCUGGUCUUAAAAAAGGGAGUGUUUUUCAGCCAUCCGCAUGGUGAUGGCCCCCCUGGGUACCCUCCAGAAGCUUGACCCCCCCUCCCCAGUUCCUUCAGCAGGGGGGUCCAGCAGUACCUGAAAGCUCAGAGAGUUUCCAGGUGAUUAUAGGCGCUUGCUGAGUUUAGGCCCUGCUCUGUUGGUUGGAGUUCCAGAUCAAACUUGUUGGCUGUCGAGCAGAUUCUGACUCAUGGUGACCACCUGUGUUACAGAGUUGAACGUAGGGUUUUCUUGGCUGUAAUCUUAAUGGAAGCAGAUUGUCAGCCCUUUCUUCCGUGGUAUUUGUGUGUUCCAGAGGCCUAUUUUUUUCUUGUUGUUUGCCAUUUAGUCAAUUUCAGCUCGUGGUGACCCCAUGUGACAGAGUUGAACUGCCCUAAAGGGUUUCCUAGGUUGUAAUCUUUACGGAAGUGGAUCUUCAGGCCUUUCUCCUGCUAAAACCCAACCCAAUCCCAUUGCCGUCAAGUCUGACCCAUAGCGACCCCAUAGGACAGAGUAGAACCACCCCACAGGGUUUCCAAGGAGUGCUGAUGGAUUCAAACUGCUGACUUUUGGUUAGCAGCCGUAGUCUAAGUAGUAUAGGGUCAUAGAGAUGCUUGGUUGCUGGCUCUCUCCGGCUCAGGCUUUUAUUCUAGAGCUUUUACUGAGACCCUCCUAUGUAUACAGCUCAGAGCUUGGUGCCCAGGCUGUUUGGGGCCUCGUCCUUCUCAGGGCCUGGGGGAGCCAUGUGACCACGGACCCUUGGAGGGGCAUGAGUGGGGGUUGUUGGCCAUUGGACAGAAGCAUUGGGCUUGGGGGGCAGUGGAAGUUGGAAUUACCCCCAACUUGCCCUUGGUUGGUGUGGGGUAAUGCCCCUUGGGGCUGGAAGGCAGAGCUGCUGCGCUGGGUGAGCAGGUUUGGGGGUGGAGGGAGUUAGCAGCCAUGAUGAACUUGAGAGGACCUUCUGACAUCCCUGGAGAGAUGUCCCAAGGUUACCAGAGAAGAAGGGGUCAGAGCAGGGGCCCCUUCAAUUCUGGGGAUCUGGGGCUGGGAGGUCUGGGGGGCAAUCAACGGCUGCAGACAUUCUAACGAGAAAUGGGAGUGGUAGCUGCAGAGUGAUGGGCUGGGGUUGGAAUUUCCUUCCUGGAGAGGGUAUGUGAGCAGGUGUGGGACUGCUGAGGGAGAUGCUGAUGGUCUGGGGAGGAGCUGCUGAGAGAGAAGCAGAUGGUCUGGGGAGGGGGCUGCUGAGGAGAAGCUGAUGGCUUGGGGAGGGGAUUGCUGAGGAGAAGCUGAUGGUCUGGGAAGGGGACUGCAGAGGAGAAGCUCAUGCUAGAAGCCAGGCCCUAGGGGGUCCUCAGUGACCAGACCAUGCCAAGAGGCCCUGUUGCAUGCUUUUUGGGUAUCAGUACUCUCCUAAGCAGUCUCGGAAUUCCAGAACAGCUCCCCAGAGGUAAGUGACCUGCCCUGGCCUCCCGGCCAGGGGGUGUGGAGAAGCUGGCCAGGGGGUGUGGAGAAGCUGGCCAGGGGGUGUGGAGAAGCUGGCCAGGGGGUGUGGAGAAGCCAGUGGAGGGUGUGUCAAUGUGGACUUGGACUGUGAGGAAGUUCCCACAAUGCUUUGGAGGACGAAAGUGACAGCUGGGAGGUGGUCAGGGUUUGGCCGAGGGAAGUUCUGUUAUUGUCUAUCUGGGCAUGGGAAGUGGACUCACGUGGGCAUGAGUCAUACUGUGUACUCCUUUGCACUCUGUGGCCAUGGUUUUAGGGUGAAAUCGGGUGUGGUUGUUUUCUGGGAACAGUUGGGCAUCUUGGUCACAGCACCAUAGGUGGACAGUCAGGCUCAGUCAGGGUGGUGUGUUGUUGGGGACAUUCUGAUCACCAGCCUGGAUGCAGCUACCACCUUCGAAGAGCUCUGUGAGGACGUACGGGAGAUGUGCCGCCUGCACCAGGGCCAGCCGCUCACCCUCAAGUGGGUCGACGAUGAAGGUGACCCCUGCACUGUGUCCUCCCAGAUGGAGCUGGAGGAGGCCUUCCGCCUGUCCUGUCAGCGCAGGGACGAAGGGCUCAUCAUUCAUGUGUUCCCGAGCAUCCCUGAGGAGCCCGGCAUGCCCUGCCCAGGAGAAGACAAGUCCAUCUACCGCCGCGGAGCCAGAAGAUGGAGGAAGCUCUACCGCGCCAACGGCCAUCUCUUCCAAGCCAAGCGCUUUAACAGGAGAGCAUACUGCGGCCAGUGCAGCGAAAGGAUAUGGGGUCUCGGAAGGCAAGGCUACAAGUGUAUCAACUGCAAACUCUUGGUCCAUAAACGCUGCCACAUCCUUGUCCCGCUGACCUGUGAAAAGCAUAUGGAUUCUGUCAUGCCUUCCCAGGAACCUCCAGUAGAUGACAAGAACGACGACGUAGACCUGCCCUCCGAGGAGACUGAUGGAAUUGCUUAUAUUUCUUCAACCCGGAAACAUGACAACAUUAAAGAUGAUUCUGAGGACCUUAAACCGGUUAUUGAUGGGAUGGAUGGAAUCAAGAUAUCUCAGGGGCUUGGGCUGCAGGACUUCGACUUAAUCAGAGUCAUUGGGCGAGGGAGCUACGCCAAAGUCCUCUUGGUGCGAUUGAAAAAGAACGAUCAGAUCUACGCCAUGAAGGUGGUGAAAAAGGAGCUGGUCCAUGAUGAUGAGGACAUCGACUGGGUACAAACAGAGAAGCACGUGUUUGAGCAGGCAUCCAGCAACCCCUUCUUGGUUGGCUUACAUUCCUGCUUCCAAACAACAAGUCGGUUGUUCCUGGUCAUCGAGUACGUCAACGGCGGGGACCUCAUGUUCCACAUGCAGAGGCAGCGGAAGCUUCCGGAGGAGCAUGCCAGGUUCUACGCCGCUGAGAUCUGCAUCGCCCUAAACUUCCUGCACGAGAGGGGGAUCAUCUACCGGGACCUGAAGCUGGACAACGUGCUGCUGGAUGCUGACGGGCACAUCAAGCUGACCGACUACGGCAUGUGCAAGGAAGGCCUGGGCCCCGGCGACACCACAAGCACCUUCUGCGGGACCCCGAAUUACAUCGCCCCGGAAAUCCUGCGGGGAGAGGAGUAUGGGUUCAGCGUGGACUGGUGGGCCCUUGGUGUGCUGAUGUUCGAGAUGAUGGCUGGGCGGUCCCCCUUUGACAUCAUCACCGAUAACCCCGACAUGAACACGGAGGACUACCUUUUCCAAGUGAUCCUGGAGAAGCCCAUUCGGAUCCCCCGCUUCCUCUCCGUCAAAGCUUCCCAUGUCCUCAAAGGAUUUUUAAACAAGGACCCCAAAGAGAGGCUCGGCUGCCGGCCCCAGACGGGAUUCUCGGACAUCAAGUCUCACGCCUUCUUCCGCAGCAUCGACUGGGACCUGCUGGAGAAGAAGCAGGCCCUCCCUCCGUUCCAGCCACAGAUCACGGAUGACUAUGGCCUCGACAACUUCGACACGCAGUUCACCAGCGAGCCAGUGCAGCUCACCCCGGACGACGAGGACGUCAUCAAGAGGAUCGACCAGUCCGAGUUUGAAGGCUUCGAGUACAUCAACCCCUUACUGCUCUCCACUGAGGAGUCCGUGUGAGGGGGCGGCGGCCCUGCCGGGGACAUACUGUGUGAAUGACCCUUGAACUUUAUCCUUAACUACAGCAUAUGCAUGCCGGGCUGGGCGCAAGGCUUGGAGUGCGGCCAGGGAGGGACACGCACCGCCAGGGCCGCGGAGAGAGGCGUCUGUGGGCGCCUGCCUCUGAGAGAACACUCUUGGCACCUGGGCCUGACAGGCUGGCUCUGUGCGGACAGAAUCUGCUUCUUGUGCCUGUGUGACACAGUGGAGCUGCCGUUCCUGUGUGCAGGGGGAGGCUGCCCUGCGAUUCUGAAGGUGCACACUUUCUAGAAACAGAACUCGGUGCGCCGACGGCUCUUCCAGGAGGGCGAGCGUGUAAUGUCCCGGGGAAUAAAGUGUACCUAUGAUGUCCAAGUUUCCUUCCGA